AUGGAUAGAGUAGUAACCGACGCAAGAAAAUUCUCUGUUGGAACACUUGAUGAGAAUAGGUUAGCACCACCCAGAGAUGAUAUAGUGAAAACACCAACUAAUAUUUGUACAGAUUACGGAAAAUUCAUAGAAAGAGGAUAUCAAAAUGGAAAUUUGUCUUAUGAAAGAAAAGGAAGCGAUCCGGGGAAAUUGAUAAUAUUCAACUAUGAAUUUGUAAAUACUAAGAAAUAUAGAGCUGGAAGUCGUAGAGAUGUCCUGGAAAUAAUUACUGUCUUUCAAAGAUUAGGUUUUAAUAUCUACAUGGAAGACAUCCACACCGAUUUAAGUAGUAAGGAAGUAAUGACAGUUUUAGACGAAGUUGUAACAUCUGAUUUAUCUCAAAGCAACAGUUUAAUAUUAUUUUUUUUAACACACGGAAAUGAACAAAAUUUUUUGGAGACAACGGAUGGUGAGAUCUUAGUAGAAGAUAUUUACAAUAAAUUCUCAACUUGUAAAGAUUUGAAAAACAAACCGAAAAUGUUCGUGUUCCAGGCUUGUAAGGGUUCUGGAAAAACUACCACUACAGGAUAUGAAAUUGAAAGUUCAAUUGUACCUGCAAACAUCUUUAAAAAUCAUAUUCCUCCAGAUACACUACUUUUAUUUUCAUCAAUUGAAGGAAAUGUAUCAUAUAGGACAGCGUACGGUUCCUGGUUUAUUCAAGAGUUAUGUAAGAAUUUUCACGUAUACGGGAGAAGAGACGAUGUCACUAGUUUGGUAACUCGUACAAUUAAAUGUGUUUGUGGGAAUUAUUAUUAUCAUGAUGAAGGAGAAGAUAUGUAUGUGAAGCAAAUGCCUUUAAUGGUUUCCACUCUUAAAAGAAAGUUUUAUUUGAACACGAACAAGGAAAGACAUAUUUUAAUAAAAAUUUCCGAAGAUCUUGAAAAAAUUAAAAUCAAGUUAAAAAAUAUGGAAUUAAAUAAAAAUAUCCAAUAAAAUAUUAUUUUAAAAAAAUAAUCGACGUUU